AUGGGGCAGCGGGAAUGGAAAUCCCGGCGGGAGCGGAUCCCGGAUUUUGAGCCGAGGGAGGAGCGGCCGGAGCCGCCCGCGGGUUCCCCGAAAUCGGCCCCGCCGCGCUCGGUCCCGCCCCGGCACCGGGGAGGAGCGGCCGCGGGGAGCCGGGACCGGGACCCGCUCCCGGAGCAGGGAAGUGCCGGGAUACCGGGAGCCGGGACCCGCUCCCGGAGCCGGGAAGUGCCGGGAUACCGGGAGCCGGGACCGGGACCCGCUCCUGGAGCAGGGAAGUGCCAGGAUAACGGGAGCCGGGACCGGGACCCGCUCCCGGAGCAGGGAAGUGCCGGGAUCUCCCCGAGUUUGGGAAAACGCCUGGGAAAUGCCGGGAAUCGUUUCCCGGCGCGGUUUGUGGCGCGGCUUUCGGGGUUUUGGGGAUCUCUGUCCCCAGAGCCGAGGGAGGAGCGGCCGGAGCCGCCCGCGGGUUCCCCGAAAUCGGCCCCGCCGCGCUCGGUCCCGCCCCGGCACCGGGGAGGAGCGGCCGCGGGGAGCCGGGACCGGGACCCGCUCCCGGAGCCGGGAGGUGCCGGGAUACCGGGAGCCGGGACCCGCUCCCGGAGCCGGGAAGUGCCGGGAUACCGGGAGCCGGGACCGGGACCCGCUCCCGGAGCCGGGAAGUGCCGGGAUACCGGGAGCCGGGACCGGGACCCGCUCCUGGAGCAGGGAAGUGCCAGGAUAACGGGAGCCGGGACCGGGACCCGCUCCCGGAGCAGGGAAGUGCCGGGAUACCGGGAGCCGGGACCGGGACCCGCUCUCGGAGCCGGGAAGUGCCGGGAUACCGGGAGCAUUCCCGGGACAGCGGCGCGCUGCCCCCGGCGCUCUCUGCCCGUGCCCGCUCUGGAGGUUUUUAACCCCAAAGCUGAUUUUGGUGCGUGGGAUAUUCGGGUUUUUAACGAACUCGAACGCAACUUCUGCCCUCGAGCGAAUUCCAGCUCCGGGGCAGAAUUCCCGGGAAACCGAGCGGGGCGAACCCCGCUGCCCCAAAAGCCGCGAGGGCAGAACCGGGAGCGGGACACGAUCCCGCCGCCGCUGGAACUGAACCCGCCCCGCCGCGAAGCCCGGCUCCCGAAAGAGGAGGAAAUGCGGGAAUUAACGGGAACCCCCGGGAAGGAGCGCCCCGAGCGGCCCCGGGCUCGGCCCCGGAACGCGGCGGUUCGGGGGAUCCAGCCCCGGAUCCCGGAUCCCGCCGCGGACGUGGCCUCUCGCCCGGUGCUACCGGGCCGGCAGCGGCUCCGGUACCGGCACAGCCCCUCCCCGAGCUCCGCGGCUCCUCCCGGGUCCAACCGAAUCAGGACCCCCCUGUACCGGCAGGAGCUGCCCCGGUACCGGCAGGGUUCAACAGUAUCGGUACCCCCCGGUACCGGCACCAUCCGCUCGGCUCCCGGCAGGAUCCCGCCGGGUGGAGACCCCCGGUACCGGCACCAUCCGAUCCCGGCAGGGUCCAGCCGGGGGGAAACCCGCCGGUACCGGCAGCAGCCGUUGCGGAUCCGGCAUCUCCCGGUACCGCCGCGGUGCCGCCUCUCGCCUCCUUACCGGGUCGGAACCUGCGGGGAGCGCCCGGUCCGGCCCGGUGCCGGAGAGUGCGGGGGCGGCGCGGGGGCAGCCCGGGCUCGGGGCCGCUCCGGGGCCGCUCCGGGGCCGGUGCCGCCGCCGGCGCUGCCGCGAGCGCGGCCCCUUUAA